AAGAGAUAAAGAGAUAAAGCGAGGGAGAGAGAGAGAGAGGAGGAGAUGAGGACCUUCCAGAGUCAGGUGGUGCAGCGAGGAGCCUCCAGCUGCUUCACGAGUCUCCUCAACGCCGCCAGCGUCUCCUUCACAGCGCUGAUGAUCCUCAGCGUGCCGCUCUGCAGAGGCGCUCCGGCAGAACUUCAGAGACCCCCCACAGAGCAGAGGAAGCUGCUCAGCCAGGUAGACGUCGUGUGCUCGUCCUACUUCUCCGCAGGCCGCAAGUUCUGGGCGUCCGAUGUGCUGAAAGAACUCUGUGUGUCGAUGCUGGUUCAGAGGUCAAAGGAGCUGAUGUUGCAAGAAUUAAGUAAAAGGGCUGUGGUCCAGGGACCGGGGGGAGUCCAGAGCAGAGGCUACUUCCUCUAUCGGUCCCCGCCGCAGCUGUACAGCGACGCCUGA